UCAGGCUCUGCUGGUAUUGCCGAGCUCAUCAUAUUCCACCCAGUCGAUACGAUAGCCAAGCGAUUGAUGUCCAACCAGGGCAAGAUUUCUGGUGCGAGUCAUCUCAACGAAGUCAUUUUCCGAAAGCACGCCUCCGAACCCGUCGUCAAGCGGUUUUUCACCCUCUUCCCUGGUCUCGGAUACGCAGCAGCAUACAAGGUUCUGCAAAGAGUGUACAAAUAUGGCGGUCAGCCCUUCGUACGAGACUACCUCGCUACCCACCACGGAGCACAAUUCGACGCGACUUUUGGCAAGGGCAAUGGCAAGGCGAUAAUGCACGCAACUGCUGGUUCAUUGAUCGGAAUCGGUGAGAUCGUUCUACUGCCAUUGGACGUGCUCAAGAUCAAGAGACAGACAAACCCAGAGGCUUUCCGCGGCCGUGGUGUACUGCGAAUUGUUGCAGAUGAGGGAUUUGGAUUAUACCGAGGCUGGGGCUGGACCGCCGCACGUAACGCUCCUGGAUCGUUCGCGCUCUUCGGGGGUUCUGCUGCUGCUAAGCAAUACCUGUUCGCACUGGAAGACUACAACAAGGCCACUUGGGGCCAGAACUUCGUCGCAUCGAUCGCCGGUUCAAGUGCAUCACUGAUUGUAUCCGCGCCGCUCGAUGUUAUCAAGACCCGUAUACAGAACCAAAACUUUGAGGUCAAGAAGUCUGGACUGAAGAUUAUCGGAGAGAUGGCACGAUAUGAAGGCUUCAGCGCUUUCUUCAAGGGUCUGGUGCCAAAGCUUCUGAUGACCGGACCAAAGCUCACUUUCUCGUUCUGGUUGGCACAAACAUUGAUACCAGCCUUCAACAAGAUUAUGUAGGAGCGUUUGUUCAAGAUCACAGCAUGGAGGGCGUUCGGCGCAAGAAGGAAAGGUAGACGGGUUGUCCGCGUACAGCGCAAGCGUAGGCACUGGAACAUGGCGUGUCAGCUCCCGCCAUUGUAGUAAGAUUUUCCAUAUUGUACAUCCCCCAAGCUGCUUUGCUACUGCACAUAGGUCACGCCGGGAUGGAUGUAUAGUCUACGAAACCAGCUCAGCUCUCCCACCUCCUC